CCCUGCAUGUCUCUUUCUAUUUCUCUCUCUCUCACUCACUCUCUUUCUUUCUCUGGCAGGACUCAGCUUUUUUGGCAGGAGUGACCAGAAUAAAAACAGCAACACCAGACAUAGAAGAGAAAAAAGUGCAAUGAUCCAUCGAACUAAAGGCUUUGCCCUUUCCUAAUUACGUCGUGUCCAGUAUCAUUUUCUUUUUUCCUCCCCUCUUCAUUUUUUUGAGACAUUUUUGAAGUGGUAAUUAGCUCUUGGAGAAUAAAACCAGCUGAUUCAGGGAGACCCAGUGCAUUUUAGGGCGAGAUGGCUAACAGGAGGGUGGCGUUGCUCCUUCUCGGAUUCUUCCUCAUCAUACAGCUGAGUCCUUCGCUGCAAGGAGGGGUGUAUGUGCCACCUGGUUCUGCUGGAGCAGGACCAGGAGGUGCUGGAUUGCUACCAGGUGCUGGAUUUUUCCCAGGUGCUGGGGCGUCCCAAUACAAAGCAGCAAAAGCAGCAGGAGGAUAUGGAGGUUCUGCUGGGACUCAGACAGGAGCAUUAGGGGCUGGAGGUUAUGGAACUGGUGGUUAUGGGGCUUAUGGCGCAUAUGGUGGUGCUGGAAGAUUUUACCCAGUGGCUGGAGGUCUGAAACCGGCUAAACCAGGUGCUGGGCUACCUGGAGGAGGUCUUCCUGGAGGAGGUCUUCCUGGAGGUGCUGGUGGAAAGCCUGCUAAAGGAGGGCCAGGAGCAGGAGGAAUUGGCCCUGGUUCUGGCCUCCCAGGCCUUGUCAUUCCUCAGACCGGUGUACAAGGACUGGGCCCUGGUGGGGUUGGACCUGGGGGAAAAGCCGCGAAGCCCGGAAAAGCUCCAGUGCCGGGAGUGGGAGUGCCUGGACCUUACCAAGGAGGACUUGUUCCUGGACAAGGCUUCAAUGGGCGGGGUGUUCUUCCUGGUGUAGCCACAGGUACUGGACUCAAACCUAAAUCAGCUGCUGGUGGAGGACAGGGUCUGGUACCAGGUGGUGGUGGGCGUGGAUAUGGACCAUUGCAACAAGGAGUAUUUCACGGAUACCCUCUCAAAUCUCCCAAAGCCUCAGGUGCUGGGUUACCCUACACUGGUGGUAAACUUCCUUAUGGUUAUGGUGGUUUCGGUGGAGGUGCUGGACUCCCUGGUGGGAACGUUGGAGCUGGCUCCAAGCCCGGUUAUCCAACAGGGACUGGUGUUGGGACUUUAGGGGUAUCUGCUGCACAAGCCAAAGCUGCUAAAUAUGGUACUGGAGCCAGUUUAGGUGGGGCUGGAUCUUUUCUGGGUGGUGCUGGUGGACUUUACCCUGGUAUGGGAGCUGGUUUAGGUGGUGUUGGAGCAGGUGGUGCUGGUGGAGUUUACCCAGGGGCAGGAGGUGUGGGUGUUCUUACCCCAGCUCAAGCUAAAGCAGCUAAAUAUGGUGCUGGUCCUGGUUUUACUGGUAUUGGUGGUGUACCAGGCACAGGUGGACUCUUUCCUGGGGCAGGGGGUCCUGGUGCACUCUCCCCUGCUCAGGCAAAAGCUGCUAAAUACGGUGCAGGAGUAGUUCCUGGUGGAGCUGGGAUUGGUUCUGGUGGUGCUGGGAUUGUGCCAGGAGUUGGAGGGGUUUAUCCUGCAACAAGAGAACAUUAUAAUGAUCUUGGAAUCUCAAAACCAUUUUUUUUUUCGAAAGGCCUUACUCCUGCUCAAGCUAAAGCAGCUAAAUAUGGUUUGGGUGGGGCAGCUGGAACUGGUGUUGUUCCUGGUGUUGGAGGACUGUACCCUGGAACUGGAGGUGCACCAGUCGGUGGAGUAGUGGGGGGAGCCGGCGGAAUUCCUGGAACAUCACCAGGGGCUGGAGUAUAUCCAGGUGGAGUGAAGCCUCCUAAAUAUGGAGGGGCCGGUGUUGUCCCAGGCUACGGUUCUGUUGCUGGGCUCGGAGGAGUUCCUGGAGCUGUGCCUGGGGCUGGAGGGCUAGGAACUGGUGCGAAACCCCCUAAAUAUGGAGUGCCUGGAGGAACAGGUUUGGGGGUUCCCGGAGGAGUUCCAGGAGGAGUACCAAUAACUGGAGCAGGAGGAUACCCUACUGGUGCCAAGGCUCUAAAAUAUGGUUUGGGUGCUGGUGGUGGUUUACCAGGUGGGACUGGUGUUGUGCCUGGAACAGGUUUGGGUGGAGCUGGUGGAGUCCCAAGUGGAGUUGGAAUAGGAACUGGAUAUGGAGGAUAUGGGACUGGGGCAAAACCACCUAAAUAUGGUGUACCAGGUGGAGUACCAGGUGGGGUACCAGGUGGGGUACCUGGUGGGGUACCUGGAGGUGUUCCUGGAGGGUAUCCAGCAGGAGUUAAACCUCCGAAAUAUGGAGGUGCAGGUACAGUACCUGGUGCAGCAGGAGCACCACUGCCUGGAACUGGGACGGGACUGAUACCAGGAGCUGGGGUUGGAGGAUAUCCUGGGGGAGUCAAACCUCCUAAAACUGGCGCUGGGAUCACUGGAACUGGAAUAGCAGCUCCUGGAGCAACACCUGGUGGUGACUUGGUGGUUGUACCGGGCGGCACUGGCAUCGGUGUUCCUGGAGGUACUGGUCUGCCCUUUGCACCAAGUGGAAAACCAGCAAAGCUUCCAACGCUGGCUCCUGGAGGGACUGCUGUACCGGGUAAGUGCAAAACUGAUUCUGUUUGAUAAAUGAGCAAUCUCUAUGUACUAUUAAUUGCAAUUCAGUUUGUUGCCAAAGAAAGAAAGUAGUUGCUCAUUCAAAUAAUGUAGAGAUUUUUGCAACAGUUUUCUGCAAACAGUUACAGUACAGACAAAUAAUGGUGAUUGAAUAGGGGUCAGUUCUUUCAAAAUCAAGCAUAUCCAAUUAUUUCAUAGACGAAACCUUUAAUGAAAUAAAGAAAUACACAUUUACUCAGUCACAUCCUCUUAAAAUGUGCCUUAUACAAAAUGUUACAUAUGUAACCCUGGUUCCCUGAAUAGAGAACAAGAUGCUGCAUCAUGCGAUAACACUAUGGGGAAUGCCCUCGGCAUAAUCGUGUCUGAAGAAUGUGUGCAAUCACAUCAAGAGGUCAGCUGACAUAGUGCACUGCAUCACCUACACCAUAAAAGGCCAUCUCAAACAUCACGUCUUCAGAUUAUCUGAUGGAAGAUGCACAGGCCUGCCUGAAGUAUGACAGUGAGACUCAGCAUCUCAUUCCCUACUCAGGAAAUAGGAAUUCAACAUUGCAUCAGGAGUUGACACCAGUGGCAACUGUGUACCAAUUAUUCCAUUCUGCAAAAAAGACUUGAUAAUUACAGACAAGUGUAUUGGAGCAGAUCCUUAGGAACAGGAUUCAGUACACCUGCCCUAGGACAAUCAUCCGACACUGACUCUUGAGGAUCAAAGAGGGUCCAAUAUUUCUAGGAUAGGUCCAAGAAGGAGUUCCCGCUGGUCAGAAAGGCCUCAACUACCUGAUCCCAUGUAAACCAUGGGAAAUUAGGGAGUAUCUCCCCAAUAAAAUGCUGUUGAUCUGCACAUGCGGAAAGUUUCUCUUGGAGGAAUUCCAGGCAGUGGACUUAAUCCAAAUGACGCUGCUUACACUAUGAUGCGAAAUACUUCAGAAAAUACACUUUCGUAGUAGAGGGAGCUUUAACAAUAAAAAAAUAGACUAGACUAGAAUUUAAUAUGGGGUUUACCACCAAAGGCCAAACUCAUAACUUUAACUGUUCAGGCUAGGGAAUUGAAAUAAGCCCUGCAGUUGAGGCUGGAAUCUC